CUGAGACUCACACACACACACACACACACUGAGCGUCCAGCAGACGGAACCAUGGCUGCGUUCUCACACACACUCGCCUGGCUGACGCUCCUGUUCACACUCAGCUCGGCGCAAAUCAGAGGAGAUUACUCAGAGCAUUGUGUCCCUAGUGACGGGUUUGGGACGUACUGUCCCACCACAUGUGGUGUACAAGAUUAUCUCCAGAACUACAGGUCAGGCGUCCAGAGGGACCUGAACCACAUGGACGACCUCCUGCGGGAGAUCUCCAACCUGACCAGAGGAGCUCAGGACAAAGUGGUUUAUCUGAAGGACUCACAGACGCAGGCGCUGAAAUCUUCACCAGACCUGUACAUUCAGAAGUCCUCGAACAUGCUGGAUGAUGUGUUGAGGUUUGAGAGGACCAUCCUCGUUCAGGAGGAACAGCUUUAUGACCUGCAGGCGACUCUUGCGGCUAAUGAGAAGCGUCUGACGGACCUGAAGCAGCUCUCCCAGCAGUUGGAUCAGAAGUGUAAACUGCCGUGUAGAGACACAGUGACCAUUCAGACCAUCACUGGGAAAGACUGUCAGGACAUCGCUAAUAAGGGUGCGAAGGUCAGCGGCCUGUAUUACGUGCAGCCGGCCAAAGCGCCCGCCUCCGCUGCCGCGCCCGCACCCUUCCUGGUGUACUGCGAGAUCGACAGCACAGGCCGCGGCUGGACCGUGCUUCAGAGGAGGCGAGAUGGCAGUGUUGACUUCAACAGAAACUGGGUUCCAUAUAAAGAAGGCUUUGGUUAUCUCUCUCCUGACGACAGCACAGAGUUCUGGCUCGGAAACCAGAAGAUCCACCUUCUGACGGUCCAGCCCGGCCUCCCGUACGUGCUCAGGAUCGAGAUGGUGGACUGGGACGGAGUCAAAAGGAACGCGGACUAUGCCAUGUUUAAAGUUGGCCCCGAGGUCGAUAACUACCGUCUGACCUACGCUUACUAUUUCGGAGGAGAUGCCGGUGACGCGUUCGAUGGGUUUGAGUUUGGCGAUGAUGUGAGCGAUAAAGCGCACACGUCUCACAACGGCCAGCAGUUCAGCACACCCGACAGAGACAACGACAAGUACAGCGGGAACUGCGCCAAGCAGGACGGCUCGGGCUGGUGGAUGAACCAGUGUCACGCCGGUCACCUGAACGGAAAAUACCACAGAGGGGGUACAUACAGCCAGAAGGACGUGGGCGAGCACGGCUUCGAUAACGGCAUCAUCUGGGCCACGUGGCACAACCGCUGGUACUCACUGAAGCAGACCACCAUGAAGAUCAUCCCCAUCAACAGGAUCCAAGCAGGAGGACAGCUUGGCCUGGACUUCGGCAAAGGAGACAUCCCCUCCCGCUAAACACCACACUACACUACACACACACAUUACAUUACACUACACACACUCACACACACUACAUACUCUACACACACUACACUACACUACACUACACACACAAACACACACACACAUAACACACUACAGUACCAAAACUCACAACCUUCUGUUGUAGUUAAUCACUCACUCUGAUUUUAUAAUUAGAUCUUCAUCACUUCAUCACAGAACGAGCUGAUACAGAACUCUUUUCAUCAAACCCUGAUGAGAACCUGAAUUGUAAAGAAUAACGUUUAUUAAAAGCAGAGUUGAAGAGUUCUUAAUAAAAUACUCGGUAUUGUU